UGUAAGGCUCAUUUCGUUUCGUUGCUCCCGCGUUAUCUCCCUCAUGCUGUCAAGGUCUCACCUUGGAGAACUUGUUCGCUUCCUUCCUGCCAUUGUACCUAGACCACUUCGAUUCUUCGAAGCUAAUUCUGCUUUCUGUUCUUGGGACUCAAGUGCUUGAUUUCUUAAACUUGAAAAAAGCUUCUUACUUGUUAGCCUCAUUCAGACAUCGUGAUUCUCCAAUGGCUUUGUCCCAUCCAUCCCUAUUAUCUACUUGUUCUGUUUACAGGUUAAAUCCUAUUCUAUUCUCUCGAUGGAGACGCGGAAUUCAGAGUUCUCCUUGGAAUUUCAACCGUCUCCGCCCUAGACUUUUUGCAGUUGCUGCAUCAGAGAAUGGUGUAUUUACUUCUCCAGAGACAGCAAAGUCGUUCGACUUUACUUCUGAGGAACGGAUAUACAAUUGGUGGGAGUCUCAAGGGUAUUUCAAACCAAGCUUCGUCCGAGGAGGAGAUCCUUUUGUGGUUCCAAUGCCGCCUCCUAAUGUUACUGGAUCAUUGCAUAUGGGGCAUGCAAUGUUUGUGACUCUUGAGGACAUUAUGGUCAGGUACCAUCGUAUGAAGGGAAGACCUACACUUUGGAUUCCGGGAACUGAUCAUGCUGGUAUAGCAACUCAGUUGGUUGUGGAAAGAAUGCUUGCCUCCGAAGGAAUAAAAAGGGCUGAACUAAGUAGGGAUGAGUUCACAAGAAGAGUUUGGGAGUGGAAAGAAAAGUAUGGUGGAGCCAUUACAAAUCAGGUUCGGAGACUUGGAGCAUCUUGUGAUUGGACCAGGGAGCAUUUCACCCUUGACGAGCAGCUAAGUCGAGCUGUAGUUGAGGCCUUUAUUAGGCUCCAUGACAAAGGCCUUAUUUAUCAAGGGUCUUAUAUGGUCAACUGGUCUCCGAGUCUUCAGACUGCAGUCUCUGACUUGGAAGUAGAAUAUUCUGAAGAGCCUGGUACUUUAUAUUAUUUCAAGUAUCGCAUUGCUGGAGGUUCAAGGAGCGAUUAUCUGACAAUAGCCACGACGCGGCCGGAAACACUGUUUGGUGACACAGCUAUUGCAGUGCAUCCAGAGGAUGAUCGUUAUUCAAAGUAUGUUGGAGGGCAGGCAAUUGUACCCAUGACAUUUGGCCGACAUGUCCCUAUUAUUUCUGACAGAUAUGUUGAUAAAGAGUUUGGAACUGGGGUGUUGAAGAUAAGCCCUGGCCAUGAUCAUAAUGACUAUCUUCUUGCUAGAAAACUUGGCUUGCCAAUACUUAAUGUCAUGAACAAGGAUGGGACACUAAAUGAGGUUGCUGGACUAUACUGUGGUCUUGAUCGAUUUGAAGCUCGGAAAAAGUUAUGGUCAGAUCUUGAGGAAACAGGUCUAGCCGUCAAGAAGGAGCCCUACACGUUACGAGUUCCCAGAUCCCAGCGUGGUGGAGAAGUAAUAGAGCCACUAGUGAGUAAGCAAUGGUUUGUUACUAUGGAACCCCUAGCUGAGAAGGCCCUCAAAGCUGUUGAAGAAGGAAAGUUAGCUAUCCUGCCUGAAAGAUUUGAGAAGAUAUAUUAUCAUUGGCUAUCAAAUAUUAAAGAUUGGUGUAUAAGCAGACAACUGUGGUGGGGACAUCGGAUACCCGUAUGGUACAUUGAGGGUAGAGAUUCUGAAGAAGAAUAUAUAGUCGCUCGGAGUUCCGAAGAAGCUCUAAGAAAGGCUCGCCAAAAGUAUGGAGAAGGUGUGGAAAUCCAUCAGGAUCCAGAUGUUCUUGACACUUGGUUUUCAAGUGCAUUGUGGCCUUUUAGCACUCUUGGUUGGCCAGAUGUGUCAGCAGAGGAUUUUAGGCGUUUCUAUCCGACAACUGUUCUUGAAACUGGGCAUGACAUUUUGUUCUUUUGGGUGGCACGGAUGGUCAUGAUGGGAAUUGAGUUCACGGGGACUGUUCCCUUUUCGAAUAUUUAUUUGCAUGGACUCAUUCGUGAUUCUCAAGGACGCAAAAUGUCUAAAACUUUGGGUAAUGUCAUAGAUCCUCUUGAUACAAUCAAGGAGUUUGGCACAGAUGCAUUACGAUUUACUAUUUCUUUAGGAACAGCUGGUCAGGACCUUAACUUGUCCACUGAGAGAUUGACUUCAAACAAGGCCUUCACUAACAAACUCUGGAAUGCUGGAAAAUUCAUAUUGCAGAACUUGCCUUGUCAAAGUGAAAGCUCUGCCUGGGAAAACAUACUGGCUUAUAAGUUUGAUACAGAGGAGUCGCUUCUCAAACUUCCUUUACCAGAGUGUUGGGUGGUCUCAAAACUUCAUGGUCUUAUUGAUAAUGUUACUUCGAGUUAUGACAAGUUUUUCUUUGGCGAUGUUGGGAGAGAGAUAUAUGAUUUCUUUUGGGGCGAUUUUGCUGAUUGGUAUAUUGAAGCCAGUAAAGCUCGCCUUUACCACUCUGAAGGUCAUUCAGUUGCUUCUGCAGCAAGGGCGGUUCUCUUAUAUGUUUUUCAAAACAUUUUGAAGAUGCUGCAUCCCUUUAUGCCAUUUGUCACUGAAGAACUGUGGCAGGCACUACCCCAACGAAAAGAAGCUCUCAUUGUAUCCCCUUGGCCUGAAACGUCACUUCCACGGCAUGCCAGCUCCAUAAAGAAAUUUGAGAACGUACAAUCUUUAAUUAGAGCGAUUCGGAAUGCACGAGCAGAGUACUCUGUCGAGCCUGCAAAACGUAUUUCUGCAUCAAUUGUUGCAAGCAUUGAAGUUCUUCAGUACAUCUCAAUGGAGAAGGAAGUUCUGGCUUUACUCUCCAAGCUAGAUUUACAAAAUGUCCAUUUUACUGAUUCUCCUCCAGGCGAUGCAAAGCAAUCAGUUCACCUUGUUGCUGGCGAAGGUCUUGAAGCUUAUCUUCCUCUUUCUGACAUGGUAGACAUCUCAGCUGAAGUCCACCGGCUCUCCAAGCGCCUUUGUAAAAUGCAAUCAGAAUAUGACGCACUUGUUGCUCGCCUCAGUUCUCCCAAGUUUGUUGAGAAAGCUCCUGAGGAAGUUGUCCGUGGGGUUAGAGAGAAAGCAGCCGAAGCAGAGGAGAAAAUUACUCUCACGAAGAACCGUCUAGACUUCCUUGAAUCUACUGUUUUGGUUGCUGAAUAAGCUUUAAAUUGGUUCUCCAUU